AUGAGUGCCUAUCUCCCUCUCAACACCGUGGGGUCUGAGGGCACGGAUGUCUGGUACCAUCUCAUCACGAGGUUCGCUACUGUCCCCAGCAGAAGCGACACGACCUUGCUGGAUAGAGCAAUGUCUGCACUUACCUGUGUUGGCCUGGGACAAAUAAAGCAAGACCAGCAGAUGCUCUACCAUGGAACUCAACUAUACAACGCCGCAAUACGACACAUGUCGAGCCUGAUACAACGCAAUGUUCCCACUGAAGAACUCUUAUAUGCCACUGUGAUUUUCCAAAGACUCGAGCCCUUAUUUUCUCCCCUUGGUGUCGAGGCCUGGAUUGCACAUGCUGAAGGGACAAAUGCUUUUUUGAGAAAAUGCUACCGAGAUGCACCAAACAACCCACUUGUUGCAUCUAUAUACCAGCAUCAACAAGUCCUUGGUGUGGCUGAUCCUCUGGAAUCCUCGCGAAGUCCCGGAAAGGGACCACAAUCUCCCACAUCAAUCCGGGACAGACCCAUCCGCGGAAUCUUCGACAUAUUCACCGCAUUCAAACCCAUCCUUAUCGCGUUCAAGCGGAUCGACUCCUCUAGCUUCGAAGCAUGUCAAACAAUUCUCCAGGAUUGCAUCAUCCACAAAGACAAGAUCAACGCCUGGUGGACAACACAAAAACUCACCCUCGGCCCAGCACCAACCCCAUACCCGAACUACAAAUCAACAUGUGCCAACAUGCCCUCUACAGAUAGCGUAUUUGGUCCAUCUUACGAUUUCCCUUCACUCAUGAGCGCACGCAUACACGUGCUCUACUGGACCUCUCUAUCUCUCAUCUACCCGAUGAUCUACCAAGCCAAGAAACUCGCCAUGGCACACACCCAACGCUCUAUUUCGAUCGACCCGCACACCGACCAAGACUACAUGCUCUCAUGGUUCUAUGCAGACGAAGCCUGCCGGGGUAUCCCCUACUGUCUCAAUGACACGGAGAAAAUAUGGGGCGCGCAGAGUGUCAUGUUUCCCAUCGCUCAAGCGUCGCAGAUCUAUAGCAACAUCCGAUGGCGAGGGAAGUUCAUGUGGUGUCAGGCUGCUUUCACUGCUAUCGAGGGGCUUGGCUUUGGUCUCGCUGUUUGUCUCAGAGAGGCUGCUUUGAAACACUGGCUUCUCUCAAAAACUCCUGCCGGUGUCCCGGGUUGCACAUUUCCUUUGUGCAAUGAAAUUCCUGUGCGAACAACACGCCCUGCGGGAACGACUGGCAGGGUAGUGCAUUUAACUGGGCCCUGA